UAAAGUUCAAAAAGAUUUUGUUAAAGUUAUUGCUAUAUUUGAUGGUUGGAAAAACAUAAAACAUAAGCAUUUUUUUGGAAUAGUAUUAAUUACAUCAGAAGGUGAUGCUCUUAUUUGGAAAGCAUAUGAUAUUAGUUCUAAGCACUCAAAAACUGAAAAUGUUAUUGCAUAUAUAAAAAAAAUUAUAAAUGAUGCUGAAGAAAAUGGUAUAAAAAUCAAUUGUUUUGUUUCAGAUUCAGCUGAAGAGUAUGCUGCAGCAAGAAAGCAUAAGAUUAAGCAAGCAGAAUUUCAUCAAAAUGAUGCUAAGAAAAGGCAUAUUGCAGGACCUAUUAAUAAUGAAAGUUCCUCUUUAAGCCAAGAUAUUGAUAGAAAUAAUAUACAAAUUAUUGAAGAAAAUAGUUCCGAACAAGAAUUAAAUUUAGAAUUAGAUAAUUCUAAUACUAUCAUUGAAAACAAAGCACAAUGGGAAAGGCUUGUAACAAAUUGA